AUGUUCUCCAGCAACCGUCCGCGCAACGUGCUUCGACGGAAGAGUAACAACCUUCCGCGACCGAUCUGGGUUGGGCGGCCCGCGGAUGAUUUUCGACCGGCCACAGCCAAUGCGGUGUCGAUGACCCCCUCGCAUUCGUCCUCACACGGCCCGGUAGACCUGAAGAUCAUGGGCCCCAGCCAGACGGUCAACACAGCCGUGCUGAUGGAGCUCUUCGGCUCGAGGAUAUUUUCCUUCAAGGCGGUGCGGAUCCAGCUUCUAUGGGCCUCGGACGCGGCUCAGAGGGCGCACGUCCUCUGGACCUUCAGGACUGACUGGGAGGCGAGGCAGGCAAAGUUAGCAUUGAAGGAGAGAUUUGCCGAGGUCUUGUCUUGGUUGGUCGAUGAGGAUGGAUGCGCGGUGGCGUAG